GCACCCGCCCAACAGGAUGCCAGGAACUCUUCCCGUCCACUCGACACCCUGGACGCGCUUCUCUUUUCUUGAGGUGGCGCCUGGCCGGACAAGGGGUCGCAUUUCCUUCUUUGUCGCUGGCCUGCCCACAAACAGUCUUUGGCGCUGCGGAACGUGGCGUCAUGGGCCAAGCGACAUCUUUUAUGCUGUCUCUGGGCUGGGACGCGAUGGCCCACCGGUGUCGUCAGUUGGCAUGCCCCCCUAUAGCAGACCAGAUAUCUCAGCUCAGGUAUUUAGACGGUGGCACAACCCUCGCGCCGUGUCUUGGAAGGGAGGGAGGCCCUUAUCUCGACUGCGUAUGCGUUUGCUGCGUUUAUUAAUUUGUUAUUAAGUGAUUCACAGCGCCUGCUCAAGUGACGAGUCUGUCAGACCUGAAUUCGUCCCCAUCGUACAAGACCGCAACGACACACUCGCGACAAUGGCUCUGCUCACGCGGCUCCUUGUGCUCAUCCCGCUGGUCCUGUCCAUCGUGGGCAUGGUGCUAUCCGCCCUGUCUCUUUUCGCGGGCCACAAGCAGGGCUUCAUGGAAGACUACGCUAUCGCACGUCUCAAUGUGUCCAUGAUGGGACAGGAGCUCCUCUCCACUAGCGACGACAAAGCUGAGGAGAAGGACGACGGUGAUGACGGUUUCUUCGACAGCGUGGGCGACAAGAUCUCUGACUUGAAGGACGACGUGAUCGACUACGGCAACGACCUCCUCGGCGACGGCGUGGACCGCGUGACGGAGGAACUCGGCAUUGCGGACUGGUACUCGAUCCACGUCAUGGACUCGUGCCAGGGCUACUACAAGCCCAACGCGACCGACGCCCACCCCUCGCUCAACUCAACCAACUGCACCGACUCGGAGCCCGGCCAGCGCUUCAACCUGUCCAAGAUCCUCGACAAGAAAAUGUCCCUGGGCCCCGUCGAGGUCAGCAUCAACGACCUCGGCUGGACGCCCGAGGUCCAGGACAAGCUGGACAUUCUCAACGACGCGCUCCUCGGCCUCUUCAUCCUGUACGUCCUGGGCAUGGGCUUCAGCGGGCUCGCCAUCCUUGGCUGCAUCGCCGCUUUCUUCCUGCCCGAGAAGCGCACCGUCCACCUGGCCAACUUUGUCAUCGCCACGCUCGGCGCGCUGUCCCUGCUCGUGGCGAGCAUCCUCGUCACCGUCGCCGUGACAAAGGGCGUCGACGAGAUCAACGACGUGGCCGAGGAGAUUAACAUUGAGGUCGACCGCGGCAACAAGUUUCUCAUUAUCAGCUGGGUCGCCGCCGGCGUGCUGCUGACGAGCGUCAUCUUCUGGGCCGGCAAGUUCUGCGUCGCCUGGCGGGCCAACAGACACUUUCGCCGGUCCGAGAAGGGGAUGGGCGGUUACCACUCGUAAGGGGGCUAAAAACCAGCCUGCGUGGUCUGUUUCUGCGGAUAGAAUUCCGUCUGGGGUUCAAGGGAAUGAAGCUAUGAUCUGAUGAUACCUGGAAACAUUAAUGUUUCCACUGUAAAACCACUUGUGGAAAGGGGGUUAUUUAUUGACUGGGACUUGAGCGAACCUUAUUUUUGAUACCACCCACGUUAGCGAUGAGAUAGACUAUGAAUUACAAUCCUUGCCUACCUAAUACUUCUAUCUU